AUGUAUGACAAGGAGGCAUAUGACGGAUGUGAAAUGGAGACAACAGCUGAAGGCUGUAUGAAUGUGAAAUCAUGCCCGAAAGGUUGCCUCGUGAAAGCCACUGCACCUUCUGGUAAAGAUAAAUAUAUGAAAGUUGGACGAAAAUGGAAAGAAUUGGGGAAUAAGAUAACGUGUACGUGUGAACUCCAGAGUGAUCUCCCAACUCCACUUCCAGGCGCAUUACCCUAUCCUCCAAGGGCUAAAUGUAUCCUUAAGAAAGGUUGUAGGCUUCCUCCUGAUAAUGAUACGUAUUUACAUGUGAAGCAAUCUGCCGUGGUAAAUGGGGACAGUUGCAAAUGUGUGAAAGGUCCAGAAACAUCAGACCCCUAUCUGAAAACAUACUGGCACCUGGAGUGUGAAACACCAAUAUAUGCUCGAUGCGAUAUAAUUUCCAAUCCUGCUGGAGCCCCCUACAACUUGUCGGGAGCCGUUCACUUCAAGCAAAUCCCAAAUGAAAGCACACAAAUUAAAUAUGAUAUUUUGGGCUUUGACACGACUGAUAAUGUUACAAAACACGGAUUGCAUGUUCACGUUUACGGUGAUAUCGUAGAUGGAUGUCAAAAUGCAUGGGGUCACUUCAAUCCUAUGAAAACGACACACGGUAAUAGGCUAAACGAUCCAAAAGAUAGACAUGUCGGGGACUUAGGCAACAUAAUCGAAGAUCAAGAUGGAUUAGCUAGUGGAUUUUUUGUUGAUAGUCUUGUCUCAUUGACUGGUCCAUUCAGCAUCAUGGGGCGAAGUCUUGUGGUUCAUGUUAAUGAAGAUGAUUUGGGACUCGGAGGGAAUCCUGGAAGUUUAGUAACUGGGAACGCAGGUGGUCGACUUGCAUGCUGCGUAAUAUUUGCCAGCGAUGGGCACUUCUACCUGAAGCCGCGAUGGGGCCGGUGA